CCUGUUUCCUGUUCAAAUCUCUGAAAGGUCGCAAACGCCAGUCAGGGAAGUCAAAGCGUUCAACGGAUGAAGCGAUGGUUUCCAACAGCACCGCCGCCUUCUCUCUGCCCGUCAGCACCUCAGCCAAAGUCGGCAUCGCCAUCCUGACCUUGGCCUUCGCGCUGGGCUUCCCUGGGAACCUCUUUGUGGUGUGGUCGGUGGUUUGUCGUGUCCAAAAGCGCUCUGUGACGUGCUUGCUGGUACUCAACCUGGCCGUGGCCGACGCCUUGGUGCUGCUCACGGCGCCCAUAUUCCUGCGUUACCUUGCUGGGGGGCAGGGAUGGGAGUUUGGCUCAGCGGCCUGCAAGCUGGUGCACUACCUGUGCAAUGUCAACAUGUACGUCUCCAUCUACCUCAUCUGCCUGAUGAGCAUGGAUCGCUGGCUGGCCGUCUCCCGGCCUUUCAUGUCCCAGAAGAUGCGGACUAAGCGCUCCCUGCUGAUUCUCCUCCUGGUAGUCUGGAUCAUGGCGUUCCUGCUGUCCCUUCCGAUGCCCUUCUACCGCAGCAACUUGAGGAAAGUGUUCCCGAACAAUGCCACGUUGAGGUUUUGCAUACCGUACCACUGGCGAAGUGUCGGUCAUCAGGUCUUUCAGUACACCUUCGAGACCAUCAUGGGCUGCCUGGUGCCCUUCUCCCUCAUCAACACGUGCUACUCAUCCGUGAUCUGCCGCCUCCAGAGCGCCAUGUUCCAUCGGCGGGGUAAAGGCAGCCGGCUGAUCCUGAUGAUCAUCUGUACCUUUGCCAUUUUCUGGCUGCCGUAUCACAUCGUCAACAUCAUCGAGGUGAUCGGCCUCUCGCAGGGCAGCCAACCGACCGUGGCGGCCGCCCGGGUGGCCCGUCCCAACGUCACCGCCUUCGCCUACUUCAGCAGCGCCGUCAACCCGAUUCUGUACGUCUUCGCCGGCAGCUCCCACAUCCGCCAGGCCGGCCUCAGCUUCAUGGGCAAGCUCUUUGAAGCCACCAACUCGGAAAGCAGGAGCACAUCCACUUUCGGCCGCAGCGGACGCACCAGCUCGUCGCGGGACGAUGGCUCCGUGCUGCAGACGCUGUCAGUCAAACUGGGGAAGCCGUUCAGAGGCAGGCAGGGAGACAACAACAGUGUGGCGGCAAGAGAGACGGACCAACCGGAACUCAAGACUCUGGCAAGUGUUGAGCCGUUAGAAUAGCGCACGUGAUCCAUACUAUGAUCACUUUCCUUUGCGAUUUGACAGACUGUACUCUUGGUUUUCCUUUCAAUCAUUAACUUAUUCAGUACCAGCCAAUUCAGUAUCAGCCAAUUCCAAAGACGUUUAAAAACGUCUUUGGGAGUGAAUGAGUUAAUACAUAAAAUUGCACCCACUUCCAACUUUCACCAGAACUUAGGGUGCCUUGACAAAGCUCGUGUUGCUUCAUUUUAAAUGACAAUGUGAGAGAGGUAUUCAUUUAAAAUUAUGUUUAUUACUGUUCUAUCGGUUCUACAGUAGUGGUGGGAAUGUACAACUGGAAUAACAGAGAGCUGGUCCAAACAUAAAUUGCUCAAUCAAGAUCUAUGGCGACAAACAGAAGAUUGCAUCUGUGGAAACACACUUCCUAUCUGUUUCAUCACACGUUAUUUACCAAACGUCGCAUGAUAGCUUAGGGUAAAGUCGGAGGUCGUUUGAGUCAUUUUGACAUUUAGCAGAAGCUUUGCAUGAGAAAACUGAUGUUUGGAGAGCGGCAAAAGUACCAAAUAAAGUGCUUGCUGGAAAGUAA